UCCAAAUUUAGAUAAAUUCACCAAAAAGGUCGUUUCAUAAUGAUAAACUUUUCAAAAACUUUCAUCUAGAGGAUAUAGAUAGAGGAAAUCUUUUAUAACGAUGUUUUAUAUGUUACUUAAGUAUGUUGGAGUGGUGAUGCUUUUGCAUAUCCCAUUUGCAGAAGCAUUAGAAUGCUAUGGAUGCGUGAACAUCACUGAUCCAGCAACAUGCAGCACAACACUCAUGUGUGACGCUAACCAGGUCUGUAACCAAGUGUCUGUUAUCUCGGGACAACAAAGGACAUUCACGUUAGGAUGUAUAUACGUAAAGCAAUGUGAAGCCGCUCCAGGUAGUCAAAGUUCUCUGAUUGGUAGAGACGUGAAUAAACGACAAGACAAAAGGUGCCACGAGUGUUGCUCCACUGAUUUAUGUAACAGCAUUCUUUGUCCUCGCACAAACCCUGAUGUUUGCAUAGACGAUAACACAAUCGAUUGUCCUAGGCUGAACUCAGUGUUUGGAAUUUGCAAGGAUAUUUUACAUGCCAAGGGAGUGUGUCGAAAUUUUUGUGGACUUUGUGGCGUAGUUGAUGGUUUAUGGACGGAAUGGACGUCUUGGUCGCCUUGUGAUGUAACAUGUGAGGACGGUCAGCAGUCUCGAUCACGGUCAUGCACUAAUCCUGCACCAAAGGAUGGAGGUGAAGAUUGUAUUGGAAACAAUGUAGACAGUAAAGUAUGCCAUAAACCUCUUUGUCCUGUACACGGACAAUGGAGCGUCUGGGGUAUAUGGGGAGCAUGUUCGGCUACGUGUGAUAUAGGAAUACAACAACGACAACGAAACUGUACGAACCCUGCUCCUCUUCGGUUUGGAGAUCACUGUUUCGGCGCCAAUAUUGACGAUAGGAUAUGUCUUGCUACAGCUUGUGCAAAUGGUGGCUGGACGGAAUGGGAAAACUGGGGAAGCUGUAGCAUAACCUGUGGCGGUGGAUUCCGCCAUAGGUCUAGGAAAUGCUCACGACCAAAGCCUUCAAUUACUGGGCAAUAUUGCGAGGGAGAUUCGAUGGAAGUAGGAUCGUGUAAUACUAAUAUAUGCAAAGUACAAAUAGUUGCAUUCCGUUCAGAAGACAUAGGUGUUAUACGUAAUUUUCAUGGAACAAGACUUGUUUUCAAAACUGUCACCUUGAAUGCAGGCAAUGGAUAUAACAACAAUACUGGAAUUUUCACUGCACCAAUGGCAGGAAUGUACAUGUUUUCUAUACAGUUAUGUUCAGUUCAAACUACGGACUUCAUAUAUGCAAUAGUUGUAGAUGGCGUUGAUGUUAAAAGGGGCCAUUUCAACGAUGCAAACUGGACAUCUUGUUAUUCUGCAGAUACAGUCUUACUUCUGAAUAAAGACAACCAAGUUUGGAUAAAAGGCACAUCAGACGACUACACACCUAUCCUUUCAAGAGAUGCCUACACGGCUACCUUUUCAGGCUUUAUGGUGCAUAGCUAAGUGUAUACUGUAAUUUAUUAUACCCCCACUCAAUCGAAGUUUUUGGGAUGUUGUAGUUAGCUUGUCUGUAUAAAGGUUUAUGGACCCCUGAGGUCAAGGUCAAUAUCAAUGUUACUAAAUAUUUAUCAUAAAGAUAUUGAUAAACAAACGAUUUAACUCUUUUAACAA